UCAGCCGGCAAAUCUUAAACGCACUCAACCUCGCUUGCUCGCUUGCUUGCGCCCGUGCGUGCGUGCGUGCGUGCGUUUCUACCGUUGGUCGGAGUAAUAGUGCUAUGGCUAUGGCCAUUGCAAUGGUGCUGGAAAAGCAGAGGUCAUGCGAGGAAGGGAGGGAGACACGAGCACGGAGCAGCGUUGCAGAAAGCGAGAUCGUGUGUUCGGUGAGGGGCGCGUGAUGAGGAGCGGGGGGGAUUUAGUGUUAGGAAAUGUGUAGCAGAGAGUGGCGUGAAGUUUGUUAGAAGAUAGGGGGAGGUGUAGGCGGGCGAGGUUCGAUGCAAUGGGGCAGUGUUAUGGAAAGUUUGAUGAUGGAGGCGAAGGGGAGGAUUCGUUUGAGCGGCAGAAAGUGCAGGUUUCUAGGACGCCAAAGCAUGGAUCGUGGAGCAAUAGCAACCGAGGGAGCUUCAACAAUGGCGGGGGGGCCUCGCCUAUGAGAGCCAAGACGUCGUUCGGGAGCAGCCAUCCGUCCCCGCGGCAUCCCUCAGCUAGUCCGCUCCCUCACUACACGAGCUCCCCAGCGCCUUCGACCCCGCGACGGAACAUUUUCAAAAGGCCUUUUCCUCCUCCUUCUCCCGCGAAGCACAUUCAGUCCAGUCUCGUGAAACGGCAUGGCGCGAAGCCGAAAGAAGGAGGGGCGAUCCCUGAGGCUGUCGAUGGUGAGAAGCCCUUGGAUAAGCAUUUCGGCUAUCACAAGAACUUCGCUACUAAGUAUGAGCUGGGGCAUGAAGUCGGUCGCGGGCACUUCGGUCACACAUGUUACGCGAAAGUACGGAAGGGCGAGCAUAAGGGACAAGCCGUGGCAGUGAAGAUAAUCUCGAAAGCGAAGAUGACGACUGCUAUUGCGAUCGAGGACGUGGGACGAGAAGUGAAAAUUUUGAAGGCUCUGACGGGACACCAGAAUUUGGUUCGAUUCUACGAUUCCUGCGAGGACCAUCUAAAUGUGUACAUUGUUAUGGAAUUAUGUGAAGGAGGUGAAUUAUUGGAUCGAAUUUUGUCUCGGGGAGGGAAGUACUCGGAGGAAGACGCCAAGGUUGUUGUGCGGCAGAUUUUGAGCGUUGUUGCGUUUUGUCACCUGCAAGGCGUUGUUCACCGAGAUCUUAAGCCUGAGAAUUUUCUGUUUACCACGAAGGAUGAAUAUGCUCAGCUUAAGGCCAUUGAUUUUGGAUUGUCAGAUUUCAUCAAACCCGAUGAAAGACUGAACGAUAUCGUUGGAAGCGCAUACUACGUUGCGCCGGAGGUAUUGCAUAGGUUAUAUUCAAUGGAAGCUGACGUAUGGAGCAUUGGAGUCAUCACGUACAUUUUGUUAUGUGGUAGUCGACCGUUUUGGGCGCGGACCGAGUCGGGCAUUUUUCGUGCGGUGUUGAGGGCUGACCCGAGCUUUGAAGAAGCCCCUUGGCCUUCCAUCUCUCCCGAAGCCAAGGAUUUCGUGAAGCGUCUCCUGAAUAAGGAUAUGCGGAAACGCAUGACUGCUGCACAAGCUUUAACUCAUCCAUGGAUUCGAAGUAACAACGUGAAGAUACCUCUGGAUAUCUUAGUGUACAGACUUGUGAGGAAUUAUCUUCGUGCAUCAUCCAUGAGAAAGGCUGCUUUGAAGGCCCUGUCAAAGACUUUAACCGAAGACGAGACUUUUUAUCUACGUACUCAAUUUAUGCUGCUAGAACCAAGUAACAACGGUCGUGUUACUUUUGAGAAUUUCAGACAGGCACUGCUGAAAAAUUCAACAGAGGCCAUGAAAGAGUCACGGGUUUUUGAAAUUCUGGAAUCGAUGGAUGGUCUUCAUUUCAAGAAAAUGGACUUUUCAGAGUUCUGUGCAGCGGCCAUUAGUGUUCUCCAGUUAGAAGCCACAGAACGAUGGGAGCAGCAUGCUCGCGCAGCUUACGACAUAUUUGAGAAAGAGGGUAACCGAGUCAUUUAUCCUGAUGAACUUGCGAAAGAGAUGGGACUAGCACCAAAUGUACCAGCCCAAGUGUUUCUAGAUUGGAUUAGACAGUCUGAUGGUCGGCUGAGUUUCACUGGGUUCACCAAGCUGCUACAUGGAAUUUCCAGCCGUGCUAUCAAAAAUCUCCAGCAGUGAUUCUUUGCAUCGUACAGUUCGGAAUGGAGUUUUUAAGCUCUUUUAGUUUCACUUCCGUCUUCAACUGCUGCUUCGCCUCGUCUCUGAGCUGUGAUAGCGUAUCUCAAGCAUAUGCACAACUCGCAUUUUUGCUGAAGUGAUUUGUCACCUCACAUUAGUCGGGCCUCUGGAACUUUCACUUAUUUGGAUUAUUUAUGUAGAAGUCCAGAUCAAAAAGCGAAAAGGAAUGGCUAGAUAUUGUCACAAGAAGUAACAUAGUCAAAUUCAGGAGCACUUAAGCACACAUUGAGUGCUUUUUAUUGGAAUUCUUAGAUAUGGAACUGAUGUUUCCAAGGGAAGGGUCUAUGAGGCAGAGAGUGGAAUGUAUAGACUGGCAUAUGGUUAAGUGAUCAUUGGACUGCCGUUCUACUCCGGUUGUCACGAUCUACCCACCACGUCCGUUAGUGGUGGCAGCCAUUAUUAGCUUGAUCCAAUUUCCGAGAUGAUCCCUCCUCCCACAUUGUAUCACUGGAGAUGUUCAAUUAUUGUUCAUAAUUUUGUGCCCUGAUUUUCAUUCA